CGAUCAACUUUCCUCCGCGAACCACGCGCGCAACCCGUCAAAAAAUGAAAAUCGACUAGCCAUCAACAACAAUCGAGUAUAUCAUGCAAUAUCGAUUAAUCGAAUAAUCGGAUUUAAACAAACACAGACAGUGGAAGAUGAAAGUGAAAUUCCAAUAGUGGCCGACAACAUGUUAGCGAAUUGCUUGAAAGUGUUUCUCCUCAUGAUAGCCGCGUUCACGAGCGCCGAGCGGAGUCGCGCGCUGAGCCUAGUCUAUCCCCCUCGCAAUGUCCCCAUGUUUGUCCCGAAGCGGUACCACUCCCGCGUUCUAUUCCUCGACGAGGAUGAAUUCGGCCGCGGCGAAAUAGACCUAACGGACAAGAGAAAAACUGAACGCAUAAAAUUCGACGAGACGCCAGAUUACGAAUUCACAUCUGAUGAUGACAAAUCGAAAGCCAUAGACGGUUUGUCGCACAACGAACGGUUCUAUGAGCCGCGUUUUAGGGGCUUAUACCCGAAGUUGUAUCAAGGGAGGUAUGGGAGAACGUAUGCGCCGAGUUUUUCUUUCGAGCCGUAUGUACAGAUGCCAUACGCACCACCGAGGAAUAGUUUUUACGCGCCAACGAACGGUUGGCGGGCGAGAUCGCCGCGCGUUGUGUUCCCUUACGCUCCAGAUACUGGGAACUCCAUACACACGAAUUCCCACUCGGGGCCCAGUUUGAAUGACAAUGUUGUGUUCCGUGAACAGAGUAUAGGCACGAACGACGUUGCUCCUGAGGAUCAACUGCAGGACAUCGCCGGAGACGCUUUCACCGAGAGAGAUGCCAACGACCCACAUCGAGCUCAGAAAAUUUACAAACGAAUGGAGUUCAAAACGAAAACAUUUUACGUACAAAAAAUACCAUUUAAACUACAAAAACCAAUGUUCGUACAAAUGGAAACGAAGCUGCCAUAUAUAAAAAGAAUUUCUUACGAGUAUCCGAACUCGACGCAAGAAGUGCCAGAGUUCAAGCCAAUAUCCGAUGCACAGAUAACGAAAAUACAUCAGAUAUUCAAAGACGUUGCUAGUACAAAAAGCGUGCCACAGAGUACAAAUAGUUAUAGACAAGGGAGGAAUUUAGAUAGUAUAACAAGUGAUACUAAAAUAAUAGAAUCCGUGACAGAUAUACCAGAGAAGGACAGAAAGUAUGAGGACGUUUGUCCGCAAGGAGGGACUUGUGAGUUCUUCCUAUCCUGUUGGAUGAAAGGCGGGCUUCUAGAAGGUUCUUGCGGUGGUUUACUAAAGAGCUGUUGCCACAGAGUAGCAAAGUCCGGUAUCCUCGGAGUGCAAGACUCGAACAGUAUCGAAUCGCCUUUCGAAGGAUUCAGUUAUGGUCCCGUUAUAAAUGACGAGAGUUGCGGCGUAGCAGUUGGGAAGCAAACGGCGCAGCGGCGGAUCGUGGGCGGUGAUGAUGCAGGUUUCGGCACCUUCCCUUGGCAGGCGUACAUCAGGAUAGGAUCAUCCAGAUGCAACAUGCUUAUGUCAAUAUUCGAGCUAAUCGGUUGGAAGCAAUGUUGGAUAGAGAGAUGUGGAGGUUCUCUAAUAUCCCGGCGACACGUUGUCACGGCGGGACACUGCGUGGCGCGGGCGCAGCCGCGUCACGUGCGGGUGACGUUGGGCGAUUACGUCAUCAACUCCGCCGCCGAGCCAUUGCCUGCGUAUACGUUUGGAGUUAGGUCAAUUAAGGUCCAUCCACUUUUCAAGUUCACGCCACAGGCUGAUCGUUUCGAUGUAGCCGUGCUCACCCUCGAUAGAAGUGUUCACUAUAUGCCACAUAUAGCCCCAAUCUGCCUGCCCGAGCGCGGCUCCGACUUCCUCGGGCAGUACGGGUGGGCGGCGGGCUGGGGCGCGCUCAGCCCGGGCUCGCGGCUGCGCCCGCGCACGCUGCAGGCGGUCGACGUGCCCGUGCUCGACAACCGGGUGUGCGAGCGGUGGCACCGCGCUAACGGUAUAAACGUGGUGAUCUACCCGGAGAUGCUGUGCGCGGGAUACCGCGGCGGCGGCAAGGACAGCUGCCAGGGCGACAGCGGCGGGCCGCUGAUGCUGGAGCGCGCCGGCCGCUGGUACCUCAUCGGCGUCGUGUCCGCCGGCUACUCGUGCGCGUCGCGCGGCCAGCCCGGCAUCUACCACCGCGUCGCGCACACCGUCGACUGGAUCUCGCACGCUACCACGCUGCCCUAGCGCUCUACCCGUAGCGUUCUACGUGUAACGCUCUACCCGUAGCGCUCUACCCGUAGCGGUCUGCUACAGCGCUCUACCUGUAGCGCUGUACCCGUAAUGUUCUAUUUAUAGUGCUUUACCCGAAGCGCUCUAAUCAUGGCGCACUACAAAUAGCGCUCUCUCUACUCGUAAUGGUCAACCUGAGCGCUCUUCCUUUAUUGCUGUACUCGUGGCGCUCUACAAGUAGCGCUCUAUUCUUAGCGCUCAGCUCGUAGCGUUCGACUUACACCGCUCUACGUAGCGCUAUACCGGUAGCGCUGCGAGCCGCGUUGUGCAGCUCUAUAAAACAACGAAUGUCACGUUGGAUAUAGCAUACUGCUACCCAAUCAUAGACAACAUUUGUCGACACGAAAUCGUAAGAUGGAGGACCACAGACAACCUUCAAACAUCUCGAACAUUAAAUGCCAGGACAGAUAUAGCACGCUACCAUAGAUAAUAUUUGUCGACACGUUUGAAAAGUCGUAAGAUGGUAAACCUUGCUAUAAACAAUAUUAAAACAACUUGAACAACGAAUGUCGCCAAAAAACAUGCUACUACUAUAGACAAAAUUAUAUGCAAUUGCGCCUGAUAUAUGCUAUAUAGCAUACUACUUUCAAUGACCAUAGACUGACUUAGUCGACACAUACGCAAAGUAGACUUUCGAACAAGCACUAUAUUAUGUUGAUAGUGCAUGAUAAAGUAUUCGUAUAGUAGAAUGCUAUAUCCACAUAUCCUUACAAACAA